AUGAGCACAGCAUUUGCUGUCGUCCUUCGUCCGGCACGUGUUGAACGUCCUCUAUGUGACCGGCUCUACAAUACUCUACAUCGCAUCGAAAAUAUACGUAUACCAUACGUGUUACCCAAUUUAUGUUUAGUAUCACUAGAUAUGCCAUCAUUUAUCUACACUGAUCCUACGAUAGGUGACAUUACAGUUUCAAAAGAGCAAUGGUUAAAAGAAGUAUUUAAAUUAAGUUCUGAUUCUUUAUCAGUAAACGAGACUGAAUUACUACAAUCACGUUAUGACUACAUUACUCGAGUUCCACCAAAAAUCGACGCUGUUAACCUUGAUUAUUUGCCUCGAUCUUUGUUUAACAAUGAUCAGAAAUUACAUUUAUAUACAAUAUUACGACAUGAAUCAUCUCAACAAUAUUUUGAAUCAUUACAAGCAGCCAUUAAAGAAUUGUUAUCGAAUGGUGGUAAGCGGUUACCAGGGUCACGUUGCUCACCGCUUUUCAUUCGUCCAGCCGAAUUAAUAGGUUUAAUGAGUGAUCUUAUCGGUGUUCUCAACGAAAAUAAAAUGUCUCAUGCUGAUGCAUUAAUCAAUCGAUAUUUGUGUAAUCGUUUUACAAGUGAAAUUGUGGAGAUACAGAUAGCUCAAUUCAAGGAAGAAUUAUAUGCGUAUGUUCUUAACACUGUUUGUACUGCUAUGAAAAACCGACAAACACCAGAGACAGGCAGCGAAAUUAAUGAGACAGACGCAAAAAUCAAGCAGGAACGUGAUCGUUUAGUAACCAAAUAUCUCGGUACAAUGAUCCGUAUAGCACGAUAUCAAAUUUGUGGUCUUGAUUCAUCAUUAUCUGACAGUUAUGUUGACGCUGAUCAACAAAACAAAGCCUUUCUCGACCUACCAAGAUUAAUUCAACAUGAAUUCGACAACAUACGAGCACAAAUGAAUGGAUACCAAGAACCUGAAUUGUUGGUUGUACAAAUGCGCACAAAUUUAACCAUCGAAGAUUUACGACGUCAAGAAGAUGAACAGCGAAAAUUGCUGAUACAAAUUAAAAAAGAAUUAGAAAAUAAGCGAGAUCUUGUUCAUCGCCAAAAACGAAUCAAUAUCUCUCUAAACGACGCAAAACCGGUGAAGUAUGGUCUGGCACCAUGUGGUGAAUGCGGGCGCCGAGGUGGUGCUUAUAACAUUGUUCAUGAAAAGGCAGAAUGUAUUCAUGGUCAACAAGGUAAUUUUUAUUAUUAUUAUCAUGGAAAUGAACUAAUGGUUUGUGACACAUGUAAAGCUGUAAUUAAAAUUAAGGCUACACCUAUCAAUUGUGGUCGAUGUCGAACAGAACGACGAGUGACACGCAUCUACGAAUAUGAAGAGUUAUAUAAAUGA